UAGUAACAACCGCUACGUACCUGUCUUACAGAUAGCUAGCUAAAGAUUGAUAAAACGACGAAACAAAUACUUACAAAUGUAUCUUUACGAUUUAUAAAUGGUCGUUUACCGACGUUACCAUCAAGUCAGGUGGACUGGUCUUUAGAGAGAUUCUUUACGGGCUGGCAAACUAAGUUGGUCGACGACAGAAAGCUAACUUACCGUUAGCGGGUUAAUCCAGCAAAAAAGGGAGGACGAAAAGCCAUUUGAGGAAGCAAGUUUCAAAAUUCUCAAGAUGAGUGAGCAGCUGAAAUACAUCGUCGAACAACUCAACAGAGAGCCAUUCAAGAAAAACUUUAACCUCAUCACGUUUGACUCUCUUGAGCCGAUGCAGCUGCUGCAGAUUUUAAAUGAUGUUCUGGCUGAGAUUGACCCAAAGCAAGCUAUGGAUAUACGUGAAGAGAUGCCUGAGCAGACUGUGAAGAGGAUGUGUGCUCUGCUGGGGAUGCUGAAAUACAGGCCUCCUGGCAACCUCUCGGAUGUGAGCACCUUCAGACAGGGUCUGGUGACUGGCAGUAAGCCUGUGGUCCACCCCAUCCUCCACUGGCUGCUACAGAGGGUCCCUGAACUGAAGAAGAGGGCCUACCUGGCUCGCUUUCUAGCCAAACUGGAGGUGCCUGCUGAGUUUCUGCAGGAUGAUGUCAUCAGUGAAACCUAUCACCAGUAUGAAGAGCUGGUAGAAGGAUUUAAGACAUAUCACAAGGAGUGUGAACAGCUGAGGACUUCAGGCUUCUCCACAGCAGAAAUCAGAAGGGACAUUAGUGUGAUGGAGGAAGAGAAAGACCAACUAAUCAAACGUGUCGAGAGGCUGAAGAAGAGGGUGGAGUCAGUGUCCAACCAUCAACGGAUGCUGGAACAGGCCAGACAGCUUCGAGUGGAGAAGGAGAGAGAGGAGUCACUGACUCAGCAGAAGCAAGAACAGAAGAACCAACUGUUCCAGGCAGAGCAGAGACUGCAGAGGUCACAGCAGCAGUUGAAGGAUUUGCAACAGGCAGCAGCAGAUGCCAAUCCAGAGAGCUUAAUGAAGAGGCUCGAAGAGGAGAUCAAGUUCAACUCCUACAUGGUCUCUGAGAAACUCCCCAAAGAGCUGGAGGGUAUGAGGCGUACGGUGCAGUGCCUUCAGAAGGUAGCAUCAGAGCCUGCCAUGUGCCAGGCCGACCUCCAGGAGCUGGAGGACAAGAUCAAAGAAGUUGAUUCCCAGAUAAACCAGCUGAUUGAGAAGAGGAUGAUGAGAAAUGACCCCAUGGAUGACAAAGUGACCCUUUACAGGCAACAGGCCUCCAUCGUCAUUCGCAGGAAGGAGUCAAAGGCACAGGAGCUUCAGGAAGCGAGGGAGGAGCUGGCCGCAGCAGAGAAGGAGCUGAGACAGAGGACCAGCCAUGCACAAGCCUCAGAAGGGGAAGAGAUCGUCCGGGGUGAUGAGCUGAAACGUUUGGUGGUGAAACUGCGGAGCAAAGGAACCGUGUACAAGAAGAGACGGCAGGAAAUUGCUGAGCUGAAAGCAGAGUAUGGAGUCCUGCAACGGACGGAGGAGAUUCUCAAGCAGAGACACGAGACCGUUCAACAGAAACUGCAAACCGUGGAAGCUGAGAAGGGAAUCUCUGGGUACAGUGACACUCAGGAGGAACUGGAGAGAGUGUCUGCCAUCAGCAGUGAGCUAGACGAAAAGAAGGGCCGCACACUGGAGGAAAUGUCUGAAAUGGUGAUGAAAUUAAACUCCAUGAUAGAGAAGAAGAAGUCAGGUCUGGCUCCAAUCAUAAAGGAACUGAGGUCACUGAGACAGCAGUCUCAGGAGCUAAGCCAAGAAUAUGAGGAAAAGAAGGUGCAAUAUGAAAGUUGUGCUGUUGGUCUGGAGAGCAACAGAUCUAAACUGGAGCAGGAGGUGAAAGCACUGAGAGAGGAGACGGCACAGGAGGAAAACCAGUAUCAUUAUAUUAACACCCUGUCAGAGAUCAUUGAGAUGCAAAUACAGCGGGCGGCCGAAGAGAUGAAGGCUUACGUGUCCUCUGAUCCGCAAGAGAGGAAGAAGGCCACCAGGGAGGUGUACAUGAAGAACAUUUCUGAACAGGAGUUACUUGGGAAGAAGUUACGUGAGAAACAGAAGAUGGUGAGGGAGAGCCACAGCGACAACAUGGAGCAGAUGAAGAUGUGGCAGGACCUGGAGCAGCUGAUGGAGUGCAAGAAGCAGUGCUUCAUCCGAGCUCAGAGCCAGGCAUCUAUUGGUCAGGUCAUCCAGGAGGGAGGAGAGGAUAGGCUGGUGUUGUGAGGAUAUGUCUAGGCAGAAUCAGCUACAGGUCACCUACAGUACAUUCACUAACUCAGAGUUAGGGUUAGGGUUAAUGUUCACCACCCUCCCUCUAAAUGUUAACUGUUAAUACCUGGUUAAAUAAAGGUUAAAUAAAUAAAUAACUGUUAUUGGAUACUAUAGUACAGUCAAAUAACAGGCACAAGCUUUGUUUCAUUGUGUUCACAGGGUUCAUUUUUCCCUUCAUCUGGUCUGUUACACACUGCCUUUGAGUUUGGCCUGAUAGUUUAUCUUGUGUAAUCAGUAACUCCUAGUGAUGACAUGGUAUAAGAUGUGAAUCCACAACUUAAAAAACACAUGUAUCAGGAGGUGUUGCGGGACAAGGGUUUUCACUUUCUGUGGCCCAGUGGAGACUCCUAUGAUUUCAAUCAAAGUGUGCAAAGAUAACAGCAUACAAAGUGGUGCACUUGGGAUGUGGCCGUGGUCAACUAUUUUUGGCAACGACAACCAUGACCUUGGACAGAGUGUCUUGCCAAUUUUGGAAUUCCCUGGGACCACCGUUGCUUUGGACAGUGCAGAUGAACUAGUCAUAUUAUUCUGCUUGUCUCUAUUUUAUAUCAUAUCAUUAUUUUUCUGUAAUAGAUACUUAUUUCAGAAUAACCCUUGAUAUUUAUGGUUAGAUAUUUUUGCU